AUGGCGGCCCCUGCUCUCUCCAGCCGGGCUGGCUCGGCGGGCAGCCUCGGGAACAGCCCGACCACGACCGCAGGGAGGCCCCCACCCGGAGGAGCAGGAGGAGGGGGGGUCGGGCCCGAGCUGGACUUCCGGUCCGCGGCCCGCGUGGAGGACCUGAACCGGCUCAUCUCUGAGUUCAGUAAACACGAGCAGAGAGAGUACGACGACCAGCGCGCUCUGGAGAUACACACGGCCAAGGACUUCAUCUUCUCCAUGCUGGGAAUGGUCCAGAAGUUGGACCAGAAGCUCCCGGUGGCCAACGAGUACCUCCUCCUGUCGGGCGGUGUUCGGGAGGGCGUGGUGGACAUGGAUCUAGACGAGCUGAGCGUCUACGCCCGCGGCACAGACUACGACAUGGACUUCACCCUGCUGGUCCCGGCGCUCAAACUCCACGACCGCAACCAGCCGGUGACUCUGGACAUGAGGCACUCGGCGCUGGGCCACUCCUGGCUCAGCCUCCGCCUCUUUGACGAGGGCACCAUCAACAAGUGGAAGGACUGCUGCACCAUCGUGGACCACAUCAGCGGCACCACCAACUACUUCUUCUCCCCGACGCUGGUGGCCGACUGGUUCUACCAGUCCAUCUCCCUGGUGCUGCUGGAGGUGCAGAAGAAGCCGCAGAGAGGGAUGCCGCGGGUGGAGAAGGUGGAGCGGAACGGCACCAUCAUCUCCGUCAUCCUGGGCGUCGGGAGCAGCCGGAUGCUCUACGACAUCGUCCCCGUGGUGUCCUUCAAAGGCUGGCCGGCCGUCGCCCAGAGCUGGCUGAUGGAGAACCACUUCUGGGACGGGAAGAUCACGGAGGAGGAGGUGAUCAGCGGGUUCUACCUGGUGCCCGCCUGCUCCUUCAAGGGCCGCAAGGAGAACGAGUGGCGCCUGUCGUUCGCCCGCAGCGAGGUGCAGCUGAAGAAGUGCAUCUCGUCCAGCCUGAUGCAGGCGUACCAGGCCUGCAAGGCCAUCAUCAUCAAGCUGCUGUCGCGGCCCAAAGCCAUCAGCCCGUACCACCUCCGCAGCAUCAUGCUGUGGGCCUGCGACCGCCUCCCCGCCAGCUACCUGGGCCAGGACGACUUCUCGGCCCACUUCCUGUUGGGCCUGAUCGACGACCUGCAGCACUGCCUGGUCAACAAGAUGUGCCCCAACUACUUCAUCCCGCAGUGCAACAUGCUGGAGCAGCUGUCGGACGAGACGGCCAUGCUGCACGCCCGCAAGCUCUGCUCGGUGCGCUCCGACCCGGCCGAGCACCUCCGCACCACCAUCGAGCACGCCAAGGCCGCCAACAGGCUGACGGUGGAACUGCAGUGGCGGGGCAGCGCCAGCAACCUGCCGUCGCCGCAGUCGGACGCCGGUGGGGAGAACCAACCGGACGACCGGCUGGCCAAGAAGCUCCAGCAGCUGGUGACGGAGAAUCCGGGGAAGUCCAUCUCCGUCUUCAUCAACCCGGACGACGUCACGCGGCCGCACUUCCGCAUCGACGACAAGUUCUUCUGAGACCUAGAAACACUCUCCAGACCUCCUCCUCCUCCUUUUCCUCCUCCUCACCUGGUGCCCUGCCUCCUCUGACACUUUAUUUUUAGACAUUUUUUAUGUUUCUCUGCCACAGAGUGAAGUGAGGUGAUCGUCUAGUUGUGUCUGCCACAAUAUUUUUUUAUUUUUUUAUGUUUAUUUUUCUAUUCCUCCUGUUCCUCCUCCUCCCCCCCCUCUCCUCUCUCACUGUGUGCCCUGUGUUUCUACCUGCUGGAGGCCUUUUAAAUAGAAGCUGAAUAGCAGCAGGUUGUUUUUCAAACUGAAGGAUGAGGUGAAAAUCCACCUUAAGAUGGAAACGCUGUUCCAAUGUUACGGUACUUUAAUGAUCAGGGAUCCUGGAAAUGAGACAAAAAACCCAACUCCUGAAGAAUAAACUGUAGAUAAUACUACAUGAAGUAAAUAAUACUAGUCACUCUACAGUAUGAAGUAUUUAACAGUGACUAAUCUGAUAGAAUAGAAACUAAUAUUUCAUCUUUUUAAUGACACUAAACAUGCAAAAAUAACACUAAAUAUUCAGUAGAAGAUUAAAGGUUUGAGCAAAGUUGUUUUUAACUUUUUAACAGAAAUUUAGCUUCAUAUCUUCUAAUUUAAAGACGUCCAUCUCCAGCAAAACUUCUGCUUUUCUCAUGAAUUACGAUUAAGCUAAUAAUUGAGAAUAUGUUUAAUGAAAUAAGUAAUUAUGAGAUAGAUUCACAUAAAUAUGACGUAAUUAUCUCCCAUUUAAUGUCAUAAUUAUGAACUUGAUACAAAGUCCUAACUAUUAAAUCUCUCUAAUAUACAAACCGUUAUUAUAACGACCUUCUUUAUUGUAAUAAUUCAGUGUUUUGUACUCAAUUAAAAGAUCUCAAGUAAAUUAUGAUUAUGAGUUGUCAUAAAUAAUCAGACACGUGAUGACAUACAAAGUCAGAAUCAUGAGAUAAAGAAAUGUAACAAGCUAAAGAUGAGGACUUUUAGUUUUGUGAUAUCGAAACAAAGAAAUUAAAAAAGCUUUUCUCUUUUAAUCGACUCAAAAAAAUCUGCAAAAGCUCGACGUCGCUCGUGAUUUCACACCAAGCCUCCAACAGCAACAAGAUUGUUGAACAAGACUUUACUGUUUAAGAUUGUACACAAAUUCAGGAUUUGGGGACGCCAAAUGGUGCGUCCGGAGGUCUCGGUCCAGGAGUGAAGACAGCAGAGUUCAGUCUGAAGGUGGAUUUUGUUCCUCUGAGGAAUGUCUUAGUCCGCCGAGGACAAUGGUAGUAACGUCUUAGAAACUAAUGUAAAUAGAAGGAACACUGACAAUGAUGAUAAUGAUGAUGAUGAUGAUGAUGAUGAUGUGUGGACUACUACUCGUCUAAUUUUGCACAGAAUGUAAAAAAAAAAAAAAAAAAAAUCACCACUUUUCCUGUCGAUGGUGGACGCCGUGUUCGCCUUUAACCCUGAGACGAUGUAUCAUAUCAGUACUCCGCCGACACUGCCGAGGGAUGGUCGUACUGCACGAUUUAAUCUGUAUAUUUAACCCCGUGGAAUAGCAACAAGUACACAGUGGUACUGCUGUAGUACUUCAACAGAGUCUCCUCAAACAUGCAGGGAUUUGAUUUCAGAGAUGUUGAUCUGGCAAAAAAAAAAAGGUCUUUCAGCACCAGAACAGAAGCGAUGGACGGUUUGUAAAAUCUGAUCCCCAAAAUGUCUGAAUGGGUCCGAUGUUACUCCUCGUUCACACAUACAGGAUCACAGAACACUGGAGAGGAAGCUGUUCGUUAUGAACAGAACCUCGUUAAAACACAAAAGAAAGGUUUAACUUUCGUGAAGAUGUUCUCUGAUAACAAGUUUUUCAAUUCCACUCCCAAAAAUGGAGGAAAAGCCGUCAACGUCUACAGCUUCACUGCUUUCUUGACGGAACAUUACCUCCGCCCGAUCUCCAGGCUCUUCCUGGCUUAUGCUACACCUUUCUCCAGAGUUUCAUGAAAAUCUGGCUGGUAGUUUUUCAAGUUAUCCCGUUGACAAACCAAACGGAGAACAAAAAGUGGGCGAAGGCAACGAGCUACCUGGAGUAGAAGAAGAAGAUUGUGUGGAAAUGAGAGGAAAUAACUGACCAAUCAGAACACAGGAUGUAGAUCACAUGUCCUACAGUGGAGGCGGACCACCAACCCUACACCUGAACCUCGGCACACGAUCAGUCGCUGCCCAUCCCAACUCAAGUUUUAUGUACUCACUGUUUGAAGAAGUGUGUGAUGGAAAUCUCGAGACAGAAGACGUUUCAGCAGACCGGGAUUCUUCAGCAGUAACAUUUGUUUCUCGAUCGAGGAGAAUAGUAGUAUACUAUUAGAAUACUGAUACCACAUUCUGAAGAUGGAGUACUGGAGAAUAGUAGUAUACUAUUAGAAUACUGAUACCACAUUCUGAAGAUGGAGUACUGGAGAAUAGUAGUAUACUAUUAGAAUACUGAUACCACAUUCUGAAGAUGGAGUACUGGAGAAUAGUAGUAUACUAUUAGAAUACUGAUACCACAUUCUGAAGAUGGAGUACUGGAGCACAGUAUUUAACCCUCACCAGACCAGCUAAGUUCCGCUAUAUCCAAAUAGUCUAAACCGAAUACAGAAGGUUUCAAGCUGACCUUGGCCUACCAGCUGCCAUAUCCAGCUCGGCCUUAUCAGGCACAGAGUGAGACAGGCGAAGAGAGACGGACAGUUGACCUGACCUACAGACAGUUACCUUUAACCUACAUGAGGGAAGUUUAACAUACAAGAAGGAAAAUUCCUUCUCAAAGUGUAUUUGAACGAAGGAGGACAAAACCUGAAGAAAGAGAACCAUGUUUAAAUGUACCCGUCGUAAUGUGGACUCCAGAACAAAGGUCCGGAGCACUCGGACUGUGUGGAUGUUUGUGGGUCAUGUUUUAAACUCCCUCUGGUUUUAGUCUCUCCACAUGACCUGGACAUGAAAAUGUCAAAAAGAUCUCAAAGACUUCUGGGACGUCUCGGAGCGACAACCAAUAGCUCUUGUUUUGGUCUCCUCCUCGUUCUACUCCACUCUGUAACGGAGCUCUAAGCGCUAAACGAUGUGAGAGAAGACAUCGCUUAGAAAACAGUUCAACCCAAAAACAAAUACAUGUUUGUAUGCCUCCAUGCUGUGACGUACGUUUUCUGGAGACAUUAUGUUUUCUGUCUGUCCUCAUGAAACACAACAUAUCAAGAACACUAGGAAUUUAUUCAGACACGCAAAAAACGUCCACCUAAACUAAAGGGUGACCUGAUUAGAUUUUGGAGGUCAAAACAUGUUUCUGGCCAAAAGUCAAGAAAUCAAAUGCUAAUUAUGACAAUUUCACCCAAACGUCUGAAAGGAUAAAAUGAAGUGAAGGUGUUUUGGACAGACGUCUGUAUGUGUGAACGAGGUGGACUCCUCACGCCCACAGUUCAACACUCAGGAGAAUCUGCUGCAUUACGACCAUCGUCAGCUGACGUGUCACAUGACUUCACCUCCCUCCACUGCUUCCUGUCACGUCCUUUAGUUUCAAUAAGCUUCACCUGUGUGUUUUUAUUAUGUUUCCACUUCAGCUGCUUCCUGUUUGUUUUCUGUUUUAAAGUCACAUGUUCGAUACGACCAGCUCACCUGGACCAGUUACAACAACCUGACGUCUUACUGUCAUCAUGGCUGUGUUCCAUUUAGCUCAUCCAAUACCUUCACUGUUAAAGGGAGAAGAAGAAACGCUGAAUCUGAGUUUAUGAAAAGGUUAAACAUGGAGAGAAAGUAGAAGAAAAUAUCUGCGACUGUACCAGCAGAAGAUUGUGCCUGUGGCGAUGCAUCAUGGGAGUUGUAGUUGGUCCGGAGUUGGUUGAGUUGAAGAAAAGUCGCUUCCAUUUUUUUAUCAUUUUAUUUCUUUGUGUGUUUUCAAACGUCCCAAACAUUUCCAGAAAAAUGCCAAAAAAAACACCUGCAGACAUAUGACCGGUAACCUGAUCUCCAUCUCCUCAUCCUCAAGUGCAAUUAGUGAAAAUACACACAUGACAGGAACUCAAACACACACACACACACACACACACACACACACACACACGUAGCAUACAGACUAAACACUACAGCUCUGUUUAAACUGGUUUUAAUGGAGACGCUAACAGACCACACUGUCACACACCAUCAAAGUGCCACACACACACACACACACACUGUAAUCAAUGUGUUGAUCUUCUGAGCUCCAUGACCUUUGACCUUACACUCCUCUCUCUGUUCUGAACCUUUUAACUGUGAGUUUUUGAUUGUUUUCUCUGUAUCUUGCUGCUCUGCUUUGUUCUGAUGAUGAUGGAUUUCUUUAUGCAAUGUUGACUGUGAUUGGUUAACCCUUCAGAUGGCAGCUCCUCCCCCUCCACUUUAAUUCACUGUACAGUAGAAUCAUCAUAAAGUCUUUUA